AUGGCGACGAAGUUGUAUACUGGGUCUACGACUCCGGUAAAGAAAAAGUCGCUCACCGUGGCUUAUCUACGGGAGAGCGGACGGGAUCCCGAGUUCUCCACUAUCUAUGGCCGUAUGUAUAAUGAAGAGGCGAAAAUGUCAUUUAUAAAGUAUCCACCUCGGAUUGAAAGGACAAAGCAUACCGUAUUAUAUAUAUAUGCGCGGCUAAUUACCACGCGGCGCGCGAUUUUGGCGAUACACAGAGCGCAAUCACUCCUCGAGACGCUUUGCUGGCUGGAGGACGAGCUCGACCCGCGAUACCUCGCCCAGCGGUGGCAGAAGACCGUAAGGGAUGCUGACCCGCCCGAGAAGAUGACCGACAGCAUGCUGACGGCCAUCUUUUUGGUAGAUCUAUCAGCCGAGGCCGGCGGACGGGCGCGAAGCUAUAUUGUCACGCGCAUUCAUAGGUAG